ACGGCCGCUCCGACGGCGGCAACGCGUCGGAAAGCGAAAAGGAAGGCCUACGUAUUUUCCAGCGGCUGAAACGGCUCCUGGCCCUGGCGAAUCUGCCACUACCCUCGCCGGAAGUGCGGCCCUCCUGCCGGAAGUCGAGCUUCCUCCAUUUUGUGGCCCGCCAUGGCGGCGGUGUUAAGGUUGCGGCCGGGAUGCGGCGCCUUUGACUGAGGGGGUAGGCCAGGCGAGCCAUCGGGAACGUCGCGAGGAGCAGCAAAGGACCGGCCCGGACGCCGGGGACGCUGUCAUGUACGGCGCGGGCGGGGGCCGCGCCAAGCCCGAGAGGAAAGGCGGCGCGAAGGAGGAGGCCGGGCCCGGUGGCGCCGGCGGCGGGGGCAGCCGAGUGGAGCUGCUGGUGUUCGGCUAUGCCUGCAAGCUGUUCCGGGACGACGAGCGGGCCCUGGCCCAGGAGCAGGGACAGCACCUCAUCCCCUGGAUGGGGGACCACAAGCUCCUGAUCGACAGAUACGAUGGGCGUGGUCACCUGCAUGACCUCUCUGCGUAUGAUGCCGAGUAUGCCACUUGGAACCGAGACUACCAGCUAUCUGAAGAGGAGGCGCGGGUAGAGGCGCUGUGUGAUGAAGAGAGGUAUUUAGCCUUGCAUACGGACUUGCUUGAGGAGGAGGCAAGGCAAGAGGAAGAAUACAAGCGGCUGAGUGAGGCGCUGGCAGAGGAUGGGAGCUACAGUGCCGUGGGUUUCACUUACGGCAGUGACUAUUACGACCCAUCCGAGCCAACGGAGGAGGAGGAGCCUUCAAAACAGAGAGAAAAAAGCGAGUCUGAAAAUUUGGAGGAAAAUGAAGAGCCUUUCAUCGCCCCUCUAGGACUGAACGUUCCAUCUGAUGUGGAAUUGCCACCAACAGCCAAGAUGCAUGCCAUCAUCGAGCGUACAGCCAACUUUGUGUGCAAGCAGGGAGCACAGUUUGAAAUAAUGCUGAAAGCCAAGCAGGCACGGAACUCGCAGUUUGAUUUCCUGCGCUUUGAUCACUACCUCAACCCCUACUACAAAUUCAUCCAGAAAGCUAUGAAGGAGGGGCGGUACACAGUGCUGGCAGAGAACAAGAGUGAAGAGAAAAAGAAGUCAGGCACAAACUCUGACAAUGAAGAUGAGGAUGAUGAGGAAGAUGGGAGCUACCUACACCCGUCUCUCUUCGCCUCCAAGAAGAGCAGCCGCCUGGAAGAGCUGAUGAAGCCCUUGAAGGUGGUGGACCCGGAUCACCCCCUGGCAGCCCUGGUCCGUAAAGCACAGGCUGACAGCUCUGCCCCAACCCCAGCUGCAGACGGGGCGCCUGUGCAGCCCUCCCAGGUGGAGUACACAGCAGACUCACCCGUGGCGGCCAUGUACUAUAGCUACUACAUGUUACCCGACGGAACCUACUGCCUGGCACCACCCCCUCCAGGGAUCGACGUGGCCACUUACUAUAGCACCCUUCCUGCUGGGGUGACUGUGUCCAGCUCUCCCAGUGUGACGACAGCUGCCCCGCCGCCUCCUGGGACCACACCACCACCUCCCCCAACCACAACUGAAGCGAGCAGCGGCACCUCCUCCACCACCACAAGUGCACUUGCUCCCGUGGCCGCCAUCAUCCCCCCACCCCCCGACAUUCAGCCUGUGAUUGACAAGCUGGCGGAGUACGUCGCUAGGAAUGGCCUUAAAUUUGAGACCAGCGUUCGUGCCAAGAAUGACCAGAGAUUUGAGUUCCUGCAGCCAUGGCACCAGUACAAUGCCUACUAUGAGUUUAAGAAGCAGUUCUUCCUCCAGAAAGAAGGCGGUGAAGGCACACAGGCUGUGGCAGCCCCAGAAGAGGCCCCUGCAGAAUCCGCUCCUGAAAAGCCAGGCGAGACCGGGGAGGUUGGCGUGCCUGAGGACACAGGCGAGGCAGGGGGACGAAGCUCAGGCGGGAAGAAGGAAGCUUCGUCCAGUAAGAGCGCUGCGGACGGGAAGCUGGUAAAAGCUUCAUUUGCUCCAAUAAGCUUUGCAAUCAAGGCCAAAGAAAAUGAUCUACUUCCCUUGGAAAAAAACCGAGUUAAGCUAGAUGAUGACAGUGACGAUGAUGAUGAAGAAAGCAAAGAAGGCCAAGAAAGUGCUAGUAGUGCCGCCAACGCUAGCCCGGCCGCAGCCCCGCCUUGUGUAGUUGUCGAGGAAAAGAAGCCCCCGCUUACCCAGGAGGAGCUAGAAGCAAAGCAAGCAAAGCAGAAGCUGGAGGACCGCCUUGCUGCUGCUGCCCGGGAGAAACUGGCCCAGGCAUCCAAGGAGUCGAAGGAGAAGCAGCUUCAGGCAGAACGUAAAAGGAAAGCAGCCUUAUUUUUGCAAACUUUAAAAAAUCCUCUGCCAGAAGCAGAAGUUGGAAAGAUUGAGGAGAGUCCUUUCAGUGUAGAGGAAGCCAGUGCUGUGCCCUGUCCUGUACUGACUGGAGGCAGACCUCUGCCUACUUUAGAAGUGAAGCCACCAGAAAGGCCUUCAAGCAAAAGCAGAGAUCCACCGAGAGAAGAAGAAAGAGAAAAGAAAAAGAAAAAGCACAAAAAACGGUCUCGAACUAGGUCACGCUCUCCCAAGUACCAUGCAUCUUCCAAGUCCAGGUCUAGGUCACACUCAAAAGCCAAGCACGCGCUUCCCAGUGCCUACCGGACAGUGCGGCGGUCAAGGUGGGUGUGCGGGGCAGUGCCCAAAGCCCUCCUGUCUGUGGAUCCUCCUCCUGCUGGUGCCAAUGCACCAGCAGCCCAGCAGGAGCGCUCAGGCAGCCUGGCCUCCAGCAGACCUGACCUCUGGAGCUCUUGUGGGGCACCUGGCAAGACAACUGAAUGCCACGUUACUCUGUCCAGGUCACGCUCCCGGUCCCCUCGGAGGAGAGCUCACUCCCCAGAGAGACGGCGGGAAGACAGGAGCGUCCCCACUGCCUACCGCAUGAGCAGCAGCCCCGGAGCCAGCAGGAAGCGGACUCGCUCCAGAAGUCCCCAUGAGAAGAAGAAGAAGAGGCGGUCGCAGUCACGGACCAAGGCUAAGGCGCGGUCACAGUCAGCGUCCCCGAGUAAGCAGGCGGCACUACGGCCUGCAGCCCACUCAGCACACUCGGCCAGCAUCUCUCCUGUGGAGAGCCGGGGCUCCAGCCAGGAGCGCUCCAGGGGCGUUUCUCAGGAAAAGGACGGUCAGAUCUCUUCGGCAAUCGUUUCUUCCGUGCAGAGCAAAAUAACUCAGGAUCUCAUGGCCAAAGUCAGAGCAAUGCUCGCAGCUUCCAAAAACCUGCAAACCAGCGCCUCCUGAGGCAGCGGCUGUGGAGCCAGCCUGCCGCACGACCCGGAGCCCUGUAUGGCCCACAGCUCGGAGCCACCGCCGCGGAAGUCGGGAGUGGAAGAGCUUGCUGCUGGCAGGCCCGGGGCAGAACCGUCCAGGCUCACCGCCCAGGACUCUGGGGACAGUUGGUGGCUUUUGUAAAUUAAUUUUUGAUGACGUUUUCAGUUUAAGAUUUUUGACCAGCAGUCUCUUACUUGUAUAUUUGUAAAUAAUAUCAUGUUUCUGUGAAAAUGUAUUAUCAAAUAAAAUGGAAGAAACACCUUUUCUAGCUGGCA